AUGCGUUUUUCCACUGUCACCUACCCGCUCCUGGCGCUGAAUUUCGCCCUCUCGCACGCCAAACUUGUGCAAAAAACACUCGAGUUGACGUGGGAAAAGGGAUCUCCAAAUGGCGGCCAGAAACGCGACAUGGUCUUCACGAAUGGAGAUUUCCCUGGUCCCGACUUGGUCUUCGAUGAAGACGACGAUGUUGAGGUUCUUGUCAUCAACAAACUCCCCUUCAAUACAACGGUUCAUUAUCAUGGUGUAGAAAUGCGAGAGACACCCUGGUCAGAUGGAGUUCCAGGUCUAUCACAAUCACCCAUUGAACCGGGGGACACAUACCUGUAUCGAUUCAAGGCCUACCCUGCCGGUACAUAUUGGUAUCAUUCCCAUUACAAGGGAGUCAUGCAGGAUGGGCAGAUAGGGGCGCUGUAUAUUCGCCGCAAAUCGGAUGCUGCGCGACCUUACUCGGCGAUCACACAAGAUCCAAAUGAGUUGAGGCAAAUGAAGGUGGCAGAGGACGACCCCAGUCUGGUUCUUGUUACAGACUGGACGUAUCUCACUUCGGAGGAGUAUAACCAAGUUGCGCUUAAUUCUGGGUACAAUAUCUUUUGUGUGGAUGGCCUCAUCGUUAACGGACAUGGGUCAGUUUGGUGCCCUGGAUACCAAUACCUCGAAUCAGUGAGCGAUCCUGGGAUCCAGGCUGUUCUCGAGGGUUCAAACCUUACGGAGAAGGGCUGCCUCCAACCAGACCUCUACAACGUCCAAGGCGACUGGGGCAACUGGAACCUCUCCGCAGUCCCCGGCCCUGUUGUAUUCAACUGUACUGAGUCCACCAGUGAAACACCAAUCAUCACAGUCAACCCCGAAAAGAAUGGCUGGGCAAGCCUUAACUUCAUCAAUGCUUCACCGCAAAAGGGAAUUACAGUCUCCGUGGACAAACAUCCGAUGUGGGUCUAUGAAGUUGACGGCCAACUCGUUGAACCCCGUGAAGUCGAAAUAAUAGCCAUAUACAGCGGAGCUCGGUAUUCGGCCAUGAUCAAGCUUGACCAGCAACCGGGCGACUACGCUAUCCGCGUCUCAGUCGACGGAGGCGAUCAAGUAAUAAGCACAUAUGCCUACCUAUCUUACGCGAACCAGGACAAGUCGAACGCGAACCACCCUCCUUAUAAGUCGUCCAUUGGCCCACGUACCCAGGGAUACAUGGACUACGGUGGUCAAAACACCACCGCAGACGUCCGCAAGCUCCUCUUCACAGAGAACCUCCCGCCAUUCGGUGUUCCGCCGCCGCCUCCAUCGUCCGAGGUCUCGACAACGCUCCGCACGACGAUGACCCGCGUUGGGCACUCCUGGGCCUGGUCACUAGCCAACCACGUCCUAUACCAGGUUGAAAUGACCGACUCAACACCCCUUCUCUUUGAAUCCGACCCUCUCAGCGUGAUAGCACCGAAAUACGCCUUCACCACCAAAAACAACACCUGGGUCGAUAUCGUCAUUGAAAUCGAAGCCAGCGAGCACGACCCCAUCCACCCACCUCACCCGAUCCACAAGCACGGAAACCGAGCGUACAUUAUCGGUACCGGGACUGGGAAAUUCAAGUGGGAGAAUGUUGCCCAGGCGGAGAUUGAGAAGCCCGAGUUCUUCUUUAUAGACAAGAGAGCUGCGCUGAGAGAUACCUUUGUCACGGACUUCUUUGACUCGAGGGUGUCGGAGGGCGCUUGGAUUGUCGUGAGGUAUUUUGUUACUGGGAAGAUGGCGUCGCUCUUGCAUUGCCAUAUUGUUUCGCAUCAGCUUGCUGGGAUGUCGUUGGCGUUGUUGGAUGGGAUUGAUAUUUGGGAUUCUGAGAAUUCUUGGCAUAGGGAAGACUAA